GCCCGGCCGAGGAUCACCGUCGGCGGCGGCAGGAGAAGCUGGAGGAGACGCCAGCCCGGAAGGACUUGGCAUUUUCAACCGCUUUCUCCUCAGAUCUUUAAGAAAUGUAGCGGGUUGGCGGAUAGAGGCCCCGCCCGGGAGUUCUCACGGGAAUCCGAGUUCUCACCCCGGCUCUACCACCUAUCUAGGCGUCGGUCCCCUCACCUGCAGAGUUGGGAUCCAACCCCUGUUUUCCCUUCUACCUCAGCCGUGAUCCCCUUUGGGCGUUCGAUGAUCUCGUUUCUACCCCGGCUCUCCUAGCGCUUCAGAAAUAGUCAUCGGUAUUUCAAACCCAACGGUCCGACCCCUAAGAAUCGCAGGAAAUAAGAGUCCAUCUCCUCCCUUCUCCAUACCUCUCCGGUUUUUUGUGGGGGGGGGGGGGGGGGCCCCUCCGGAAUAGAGCCGCCCGAAAGCGUCUCGUUCGGAGAAAGCUUGAAUUCCAGCAGGCACCGGCCGGAAGCCUGCCCCGCGUAGUCCCCACCGCCUCUGUACGGUAACUGAUUGUGGAAUUCAAAGCCUCCAGUGGAGACGCCCGAGCCGCACUCGAGCGGGGACCGUUGAAGGCCGUCCUGUAUUCUUUGGCAAUUUUCAAGCUAGGUUUAGCCUAGAGAGAGCGGCUCCCGUCUCCACCCAAGCCGGCCGGGGCUGGCUGGCCGGCAGCCAUGGCCUCAGAUCUGCUGAAGGCCAUGGAAGAGGAGGUGAUGUGUCCCAUCUGCCUCAGCUACCUGAGGGACCCGAUCUUCAUCGACUGUGGCCACAUCUUCUGCCGGGGGUGUGUCAACGUGAUCUGUGAGCCCAGGAGCCUGCCCCUAGGGGAGGGCCCCUCCUGCCCCCUCUGCAAAACCAGAUUUCGGCAGGAGACCGUCAAGCCGGCCUGGCAGGCGGCCAACAUAGUGAAGGGUAUCAAAGACCUGCGCCUCAAUCUCGAGGAGCAGACCGGAGAAGAGCAGCGCUGCGUGACCCACGGGGAGAAGCUGCAUUUCCACUGCGAGGACGACGGGCAGCUGCUCUGCGUGGUCUGCAGGGAGUCCCGGGAGCACCGGCUCCACAAGGUGUCGGUCAUCAAGGAGGCCAUCCAAGCUUACAAGAACGAGAUCCAGAUUCAUGUCCAGACCUUGCAGAAGGAGAGAAGCCAGCUUCGGGGCUUUCAGGCUGUUGGAGAAAGGAAAACCCAGGCUCUGAUGGGCCGGAUGGAAGUCGAGAGGCGGAAGAUGGUGUCCGAGUUUGAGCAGAUCCAUCAGUUCCUGGAGGGGCGGGAGCACCUCCUGCUGGGGAAGCUGGAGGAGCUGGAGCAGGACAUCCGGAAGGGCCGGGAGGAGUUGGUGGCCGCGGCCUCCGCCGAGUUAGCGCAGCUUGAGGCCCUCAUCACCGAGCUGGAGGAGAAGAGUCAGCAGGAGGAGGCUGAACUGCUGCAAGGCGUCAAGGGCUCCGUGAGCAGAUUCCAGCAGAAGAAAUUCCUGAAACUGAAUCCUGUUUCCCAGUUAAUGGAGAGAAAAGUGAACGGCUUAACUGUGAAGAUUAAUUCCCUGCAGAAGAAUUUCAAAGAAUUCCAAGGGAAGCUGCAGAGAGAACUGGAGUCUGACCUAGCCGGUCCAGGCGGCGACCCGUCCCAGAAUCUGAAGAUGAGUGACCUACAUCUCCGAUCAAACAGCGUCUCCUGGUUCCUGGAGGGUCCCUUUCAUUCCUUCUCAGGCCCCUCCAACCCUUCACCUAUGCCUGGUCUCCCGCACUUCUUCAAGAACCAGGGGCCUCCCAACCGCUAGAGGGGCUCCGGGGUGUCCCGCUGGCCACCGGACGGGGACACAGCCCACGCUCGCUCCUCCAUGUUGAUGUUGGGGAUACCUGGAGGGGCCGUGCGCCAUGACCAGGCUCCAGAACACCUGUCAUGCCCGCAUUUGAUGGCCUAGGGGAGUUAACGCCUGCAUCUGUGUCCCGGGAAGGAAGCGAGGAUGGAGGGUGGCGGGGGUGGGAGGGAGUGGGAGUCUGGGAGCCGGCUGGCACGUUCUGCUACCACAGCUACUGGUUGGGGACUCUAGCAAGAAUAAAGUCUAUUUCUGACACGUGA